AUGGCUGGCGUGGAGCGCGAGAAAUGGUCGAACAAGGUCGAGUUUAUUCUCUCUUCCGUCGGCCUGUCCGUCGGACUUGGCAACGUCUGGCGCUUUCCGUACGUGGCCUUCGAGAACGGUGGAGGUGCGUUCAUGGUGCCGUACAUUGUCCUCAUGCUCCUCCUCGGUCGCCCCAUGUACUACCUGGAGCUCGUCCUGGGCCAAUUCGCCAGCGAUGCACAGGCUCGAGCCUUCGGCGGAUUCCCUCUCGCCAAGGGCGUGGGUUGGGCCAUGGUGUACGCCUGCGCGUUCAUCAGCCUGUACUACAACGUACUGCUGGGAUACGCGCUCGUCUACCUGAUCUACUCCUUUCGCGAGACGCUGCCCUGGACGAGCUGCGACUACUCCGAGUGGGCCGACAGUGACUGUUACAACCCUACUCCGGGCGUAGUGCCUUGUCGGACGGUCGAGCCGCGUCUGCUAAGGAUGUACGCCGAAUCUAACUACACGGGCCCCGACGCGCACGCCAUCCACCACGGCUCCCACGUGGUGCUAGUGCCGCGGCAGGCGUACGAGCUUCUCGCCAACACCUGCACUACGGCCACCCAGACGGCGCCCGAGCAGUUCUUCUAUCGCAACGUGCUUGGGUUGAGCAGCGGCAUCGAUGAACUGGGCUCUGUACAGCCUCGGCUGGCCGGCGCCCUGGUGGUGUCGUGGAUGUGCGUGUACCUGUGCGUCUUCAAGGGAAUCAAGACGUCGGGAAAGGCUGUGUACGUGACAUCACUGGCUCCCUUUCUCAUACUGGGCAUGUUGUUCGUGCGCGGCAUCACUCUACCGGGCGCUGCGGAAGGAAUCCGGUUCUACCUGGUGCCCGACUGGUCCAGCAUCUUGCGCGCCAAGGUGUGGAAGAACGCCGCCGAGCAGAUCUUUUACUCGUUAAGCCUCGCCGAGGGCAUGAUCAUCUGCUUUGGUGGAUUCAACGAAUUCAGGAACAGCCUUCACAAGGACGUGCUGGUGGUGGCAUUAGCUGACUUCGUUGUGAGCAUGAUGGGCGGCAUGGUGGUCUUCGCGGUGCUCGGAAACAUGGCGUACCACCUGGAAGUGCCCGUCACCGACGUCGUCUCUUCUGGCGUCGGACUGGCGUUCAUCGCUUACCCGCAGGCGCUGAGCAUGAUCGCUUACCCGCAGCUCUGGUCGGUCGCCUUCUACGCUAUGCUGUUCUUCCUCGCCAUCGACACAGAGUUCUCGUCGGUCGAGUGCCUGCUGACGCCGUUCAAGGACGAGUUCCCGGCGCUGCGCUCGUACGGCCCUCUACUGUCGUUCGCCGUGUGCGCUCUGAUGUGCGUGUUCGGCAUGCCCAUGGCCAGCCAGGGGGGCCUAUACAUCCUCACCGUGAUGGACACCUACCUGGGGGGAUUCCUGCUGCCCUGGAUCGGCCUCGCAGAGCUCCUGGUCGUCGUGUUCGGAUACGGGCUGACGCGUUUCUGCACCGACAUCGAGUUCAUGACCGGCGACCAGCCCAGCGUGGCGCUCAAGAUCUGCUGGGCCGUGUUCUGCCCACUGUGCCUCACGUGGAUCGUGAUCGCGGACCUGUUCCUGUACGGCGAGCCGCUGACGCUGGGCGAAUACACGUUUCCAGCGUGGGUGAACGUAGUCGGCACGUUCGCGGUCGUCGUGGCCGUCGAGAUCAUCGUCGCGUUCGCCGUUUACCACUUGCGCAGCUGCGGAUACGAUCUGCGCAGGGCUCUGCUUCCGUCCGACAACUGGGGACCCAAGGACCCCGCCGAGUAUUGCGAGUACAUUCGCUUUCUUGAAGAGCGGGGCAUGAGACGCCCAACCGAGCAGGAGCCCAAGCUUGCGCGGCCGUCGCUGGGCGAAGGAACCAAGAGCGACGCCAUUUCGCCGCAGUCGCCCACCACUACCAGUCGUGACCGGCCUGCACCGUUGACGGAAGCGGCAGCGCCCCUGUCGAAUAACGCGCCCGCUAAAGCGGACGUCGUGGUGCCUGACGCGAACGCCGCGACACCUGCCGCCAUUACUUCUGGCGUCAACAAAACGGCAGUCGCGUAACAACGUCCUGGAUACGUGGACGAAUAUGGCGACGUCUCACGCCAUCGGGGCGUGUCGCCGUUGCAUGUUUUCGUCACGUUUUUCCUGGUGCAAUUCGCGCUGUAUAUAUUCAAACCCAGUAUAAUUUUUAAAAGUUUCAUUCAUUAAAAUAUUCGUUCAGAAAAGCAAGCUGUCUGUAUAAUUUGUCGGUAUGAAUGUUUGUAAACGUGUAGGGACAUAUAAACUUUAAAUAGAACAAAAAUGCGGGAAACUUCUGUAAACAUUCACUUUUCACGCUAGAUUUUUAUUCAGUCUGUAGACUACGCGUUCGCACGUGUUCUACUUAACGUGGUUCGUGAAAGGCAUGCUUGUCGUCUUCAAAGGCUCACAUUGAAGCUAAUACCUCAGUGUAAUUAACAUUUUGUUCAUCAUUAGCUGUCAAGAUUGUUCUAUAUUUAGAGUACAGCUCUUAGCCUCCCGUUUUUGCGUUGAGCGUCGUAUCUUGCUGGUGCUCGGCGUAUCAGCCUGUC